GAAAGCACGUCAAACGUAGGCUGGUACGUCACGCCGCAGCAGCUUCUGCAGCUGGAAUGUUUCAGUGAACGUCUUUAGAAAUUAAUGUGCACCGCUUUUGCAUAUUCUAAGUAAUAAUCGAGGUAUAAUACCCCACCUUAUCAAGAGCAUCCUAUCGGAGAUGUCUGGGCGUGUGUGCGCCAGCAUCCUUCAGAGAGCUUACUGCUCACGGAUCUCCUCUGCCCCAGCUUCAUCUCAGUGUCUUCAGCUUGCAGAAUUUUCAUCUAAACACACGACUAGACACAGCCAGCGCUGUCACUUCUCAUCAUGGAUUAACGAAAUUGACCAGACGAGCUGCACUCGUGAAAAAUCACAAAGCACACCUCAGCGAUCGCGCAGUUUUUCAACCCGUCAGGAUUUGGAUUUUCAACUCAGCCAGGUCCAAAUCAACAGCCUUCUCAGAUCAAAUGAACAGAGUGUGAGUGUGCCAGAGUUUGAUGGCAGGGGUCUCAGCUCUGUGAGGAAGUUUGAGAGCAACCAGGUUGCUGCCAAUACUCCAAAUGAGGAUCGCCGCAGUGCAGCCACAUGUCUACAGUCAAAGGGGAUGCUUUUUGGAGUGUUUGAUGGCCACGGUGGCUGGGCGUGUGCACAGGCGGUUAGUGAGAGAUUGUUGUAUUACAUUGCUGUGGCAAUGAUGCCAAAGCAGAACCUGGAGGAGUUGGAGCGCUGCAUGGAACAGGGCAGAGCUGUUCCUCCCAUUCUACAGUGGUAUAAACAUCACUCAGACUAUAACUACAGAGAAUCAGCAUCACUCUACAUCGAACACCUGCGGGUUUUCUGGCAGGAGGUUCUAGACAGUGAAGAACACAGUGAAGGCUUGAGCCCUCCUGAUGCCCUGGAUCGGGCCUUCAAAAGACUUGAUGCUGAUAUUUCUUUGGAGGCCCAGGUCCCUCUUUUGAACAGCUUGAUGAAAAGCACAGCCAUUCAGGUGGCGUUUGCUGGUUGUACUGCAUGUGUGGCUCAUGUUGGCCCAGAUUCUAUCCACGUAGCCAAUUCAGGGGAUUGCAGGGCUGUGUUAGGGGUUCAAGAAGAGGAUGGAUCAUGGAGUGCUCAGCCUCUUUCUUGGGACCACAACUCCCAGAAUUUUUCAGAGGUGGAGCGGAUAAAGGCCCAACACCCACAGUCGGAGAGAGAUACUGUGGUCACAGAUGACCGAUUACUUGGAAUUCUGAUGCCGUUGCGAGCCUUUGGUGAUGUGAGGUUUAAAUGGAGUCUUGAGUUACAACAGAGCAUCAUUUCCAGUCUGGAGUCCACCGUAGACCUGGAUUCUCUGAACUUGUACAAUUAUGUCCCUCCAAACUACCUGAGCCCGCCCUACCUGGACGUGGCUCCUGAGAUAACCUAUCACAAGCUGCGACCUCAGGACCGCUUCCUCAUUCUAGCCACAGACGGACUGUGGGAUGAGCUGUCCAACGAAGAGGCUGUGCGUCUGGUUGGGGAACAUCUCAGUGGGAUUCACUUGCAGGCUCCAGUCACUCAGAUGGAGAGACAGUUGAAGCUUGGGAAACUACAUGAGCUCUUACUGAAGCGGCGUGCCCGAGCAUCCCCUGCUCUGGACACAAAUGUGGCCACACACCUCAUCAGACAGGCCCUGGGCAAAGGAGACUAUGGAGAGCUGUGCCAGGAGAAACUAGCCUCUAUGCUCUCCCUGCCUGAAGACCUCGCCCGCAUGUACCGAGAUGACAUCACUGUUACUGUAGUGUACCUCAACUCUGACCUGGCCAGACCUCAUCAUAGCUAAGGUAGGGUCAGAGGGAGGAACACAAAGUUACUUGAAGGUUCUUGAAUUGUUAUCUGUAUGUAUAUGGUCAAGAAGCAUAUAUGCCAUAGUUCCAGCUCCCUGUUCAGUGCAUGUUACAUUUACCUAAAAGUGCCUGAAAAGUUGCACCUUUGGAUUUAUAAGAAGUGCUGAUGAUCUCGGAAGAAGAAAAGAAACUUGCCUUUUGUCUUAGCACAGUUUGUCCUGUUGUAUGUUUUCCCUGUAUUUAUGUAAAAACAAAGAUUUUAAUAUGUAACAAUCUGUUGUUUGUGAAAUGACUGUU